AUGGCAGUACAAACAAGAAACAAAAAGAAGGAUAAAACUCUGUGGAUUCCUGUUGAGGAGGAGGUAGAUGAUAGUACUAGCAACGAUGAGUUGGAGGUGAUGAAAAUUGACGAUGAUUAUGAUUCACCUGAUGAUAGCGAAACAGAAGACCAAUAUGAAGAGGAAGUUGAGGAAGGAGAUAGUGAAGAGGAGUCAAAUACUAAGGAUUGGGGAAAUAAGAAGCAGGAUUUUUACGAUGGAGGCUCUUCAAGCACAGACAGUGAAGGAGAGAACUGGUCUGAUGUGGAAAUGCAGGAUGAAGAGGCACGUGGAAUUCAGGCGAGUAGAAUGAUGAGAUUGAGUAGAGAAGACUUUGGGAUGGAUGAUAUCAUCGACCAGGGUAGAUUUGAAGAAGAGGAUGAAUCGGGAGAAAAUGAGGCAAACUCAUUUGGAUUAUUAAUAGAUGACGCAGAAACAUUAUUGGAUAGUUUAAGUAAUUUGUCAAAUACAAGACAAGAAACGAAGUCAGACGUUUCAAUAGCAUUGGAAAAGGAGGGACUAGAUGGUAUAGAGAGUUUAAAUUCAGAGUUAGCUCCACUAUUAGCAAAUGUAAAGGAAAAAGUUACUGAAGUAGAAGAAAGAAUGCAGGUAUUAUUGGAUUUGGUAAAGACAAAAGAAGGUUCAGGCUUGGUAACAGAGAAAGGAAUGGAGUAUUUAGAUUCUAAGAAUACUUUGCUCUUGAUGUACAUUGGCUAUCUGUGUUAUUAUAUGAUGUUAAAGACUUCUCCUAACGUGAAUAUUAAGGAGCAUCCAAUUUUGUUGAGACUAGUUACUUUGCGAACAAUGAUGGAAAAAUUAAAGCCAAUAGAUAUCAGGCUACAACCACAAAUAGAUAGAAUUUUGGAAUUAGCGGAGAAAUCAUCUCAAGUAGAUAACUUUUUAUCAUCCACUCCAAGGCCAGACAGAUUCAUAUUUGAGGAUGAAGAUAAUGAUAAUAGCGACAUUGAGGGGGAUGAGACUUCUAGACAUGGUAUUGAAGAUGAAUUUGAUGAGUCAACUAAUGUCGAUUCAGAUGCAGAAGCAACUGAAGACUCUGAUAGCGGUAAUGGUAUUUAUAAGGUCCCAAAAAAUAUACCUGUCGAAUUUAACGAUAAAAAAUUGAGUAAGACUGAGAAAAUGAUGAGGGAGUUAGAAAGAGAGAGAAAGAGAUUAUUAAGGACUGAUAUUAUUCGCCAAAUGAGAUCUAGCAUUCAUGAAGGCCCUGAGGAAGUUGGAAAGGAAGAUACUGAACAACUACCUCAAUUAGAAAGAUUACAACGAGAAAUAAAAGAAAGAAUUGAUUUCGAGGAAGAUAAUAUGAUGAGAUUACCAAAGACUAAAAAGGAUAAGAAAGAAGAGAAGCUUUAUAAAAGGCUAAUGAACCAGGUUGAGGGAGGCGUUAAUACUUUGGAUGAUUUGGCUCAAUUUGCAGAAAGGGCUACAGAUAUGGCAACUAAUUCAAAAAAGAACUCACUUACAAAGUAUUUAACUAAUGCAUCAAGGCUCAAUAAGGAGAUUACACGAAGUAAUUUAGCUCAACAAAAUUCUGACAAGAGCAUUACGGAAAAAUUGGUUAAGAGAAGAAAAGCACAAGCUGAGUUGAGUCAGAAGAGCAAGUACAAGCCUGAGUACGAUUCUGAUAAUAUCAACUUUGAAAGACAAAUGGAUGAAUCUUAUGCUGAGGCAGAAGAAGAGCUUUUUAAAAAUAAUUCGUAUUUGCAAGAUGUUGCCAAGUUUAAUGAAGAAAAGAAGAUGCAAAAGCAAAGGAGAAAGCAAGAAAUUGAUAGUCGAAAUAUGCCUAAUAUUGAUGAUCUUAUAGAUUCAGGGUCUAGAAGGGCAUCCACAAAGGAAAUGAUUAAGAAUAAAGGUUUGACUAGAAAGAGGAAGAAGAUUGAGGGUAAUGCAAGAGUACAUAACAGACUUAAGUAUAAAAAGGCAUUGAAAAAACUUAAGGGAGCACAAAGGAGUAUGAGGGACUACGAAAACAGUUAUUCUGGAGAAUCUACAGGAUUGAAGGAUAAUGUCAAGAGAUCCACUAAUUUGAAUUAA